CCUAGAGUUCCAACAUCCUCUCAUGGCUAUCAUACCUUUUUUGCAGAAGGUCAAAGUGACCCUGCCAAGCAUAUGAACAAAAUAAGAUCCCAUGUCCCUCAACAUAAUUUUUUGAAGAACCUAUACAUUUUACACACAAGUAUCAGAAACCAAAGAAAUCACAUCCCUCUGCCUGAAAUUAGUGUCACCAUAACACAUUGCAAAUCAUCAACACCCCUAAAACACCUUCCAAAAGCAUACAAAAUUAUGACAGAUGUGGAAAUUGUUCUCAUUCAUCCACAAAACACCAAAUCGCAGCAGCUUCCACAGUCAGCACACCCACACAGCAGCACCCAAUUCUCAGAAAAGUCUCGGCCCCAAAAAAGAGAGAAUUUUCCACAUUACCUGGGUUCCUUCCUCACUUUAACAGUGACACCAAAGGUUGAGGGCUAUUCCAGCAUAGUCACCAGGUCCUCUGUGCGUUGAACCCCAGCUUUCGCAAGUCGAUCUGCCAGUGUGUUAUUCAUUCUAAAAGUGUGCCUCACCUUCCAUCUUCUUACAUCAUUUUUCAAUCGUUCAAUAUGAACAACCCGCUUUCUUAAUCUCCAGGGUGCUUCCAUAGGUUUGUUCACACAUUUAACAGCAUUACAUGAGUCACUCUCAAUUAUCAGACUCUGUGAUUGAUUCCAUUUUGAUGCAAUAAACAACAAGAAAGCUUCCCGAAUUGCUCUAAUUUCAGCUAGGUUUGAAUCCCCUAUGCCUAUAGGUGAAAUCAUAUUUUAAUUGAUGUGACUUUCAAUAGUCAUAAUUUUUCAUAUGAAAAGACAUAAUUUUUGUUUUGAAAAUACAUCAACAUUUAAUCCACAUAUGAUACCAGGUUUUAUUUUUCAGAUAUGAUCAGAGGGUAGCCGGCCUUUUCUUUUUCUUGGUACUUAGCCUGCUUUAUGUGUUCAUAUAAGAAUAUAUUUUGCAGAUAGAGAUUCAGCAACAAUCUUCUUACUUUUGUUAGUUUCUCUUCUGAAGCCACAGUUCAAUUGUUAAGUUUAACACCAGCAAAGCCAUGCCUAACAAUGUCAAACAGCAGUUCACAACUCAUAACAUGCAAAGUUAGCUUAGAAUUUAGCAAAGUUGUUUUGAUUAAAACUGUUUUAAGUUAUUGUUUUUCAUUAAAUUCAGAAGGUUGGGAUUACUCUUAUUUUCUUUUAUUUUUUGCAACUCUGAUAUCUCUCAUGCUUGUCCUUUGGAGUAACAUGGCAGCAAUAGUAUGUUGGGGAAAAGGGGAGCCAUUAAAGGUUGAAGAGAUACAAGUAGAGCCACCAAAAUCAUCUGAAGUUCGAGUUAAAAUGCUAUGUGCCAGUGUUUGUCACAGUGACAUAUUGUCAACCAGAGGAUUCCCAAGUCCUCUUUUCCCUCGAGUCAUGGGGCAUGAAGGUGUUGGGGUGGUGGAGAGCAUCUGUGAGGAAGUCAAUGGGCUAAAACAGGGAGAUGUUGUGAUUCCGACCUAUGUCGCAGAGUGUCAAACAUGUGAGAAUUGCACAUCCGAGAACACUAAUUUAUGCCUAACUUACCCGUUAACCUUGAACUGCCUAAUGCUUGAUGGCACUUCAAGAAUGUCCAUUAGAGGCCAAAGUUUGUACCACACAUUUUCCUGUGCCACAUGGUCUGAAUAUAUGGUUAUAAAUGCGAAUUAUGUCGUCAAGAUUCAUCCGAGCAUAGCUCCUUCGCAUGCUAGCUUCCUUUCAUGUGGAUAUUCAACUGGAUUCGGGGCAGCUUGGAAAGAUGCUAAGGUUGAGGAGGGUUCAAGCGUAGCUGUUUUCGGUCUUGGAACUGUUGGAUUAGGGGUCGUUGAGGGAGCUAGAAUUCAAGGUGCAACUAAGAUAAUUGGUAUAGACAAGAAUCCAAGAAAAAAGGAGAACGGACAUGUUUUUGGAAUGACAGAUUUUAUAAACCCUGAUGGUUCAGAUAAAUAUUCUAUCUGUGAAUCAGUUCGAGCCCUAACUGAUGGAAAGGGUGUGGAUUAUAGCUUUGAGUGCUCUGGGGUUGCACCAUUGGUCAAUGAAGCCAUUGAAUCCACAAAAAUAGGAACAGGAAAAACCAUUCUGAUGGGCAUAGGAGAUCAUCAAAGCCUGCAGAUAAAUUUCCUACCCCUUCUGUGUGGCAGAACUUUAAAGGGGUGUGUUUAUGGAGGCAUCAAAACCAUAUCUGACCUUCCCAUUCUUCUUGAAAAAUGCAGAAAUAAGGAAAUCCAUCUUGAUGAACUCUUGACUCAUGAAGUUCAGCUAGAAGAUAUAAACAAGGCAUUUGAGCUGUUGAAGCAACCAGAUUGUGUCAAGGUUCUGGUCAAGAUUUGAUUGAUAUAAGCAACAAAUUUAGCAUGUCUGCAUGUCUGCUCUUUUCUUAUACCCUUGAGCCUUAAGCCUAUUAUAUUAGGCAAUGCCUAAUACAAUUAAUUUACAUCUUAGAACUGUUUAAUUUGUCUCUUUUAAUUUUUACCAUAAAAAAUAAAAAUCUCUUUUAGAUUUCUCUCAAA